GCAACUUAGUUCAGUUUUCGUUAACCAGUUGUGUUGUAAUAAGUGUGUAUAGCAUAAGAUCCCAAUAUAAUACAUACAUAUACAUAAGUGUUGAAAAAUUAGAAAGCAGAAGUUGUAUUGUUGUUGUUUAUUAUUACAAUAAAACGGGAAGGAAAUUUAAGUAACUAGCAAUGGCCAUGAGUUCUUCCCAAACACUUGCUCUUCAGAGAAAUUCCUGUGAGCAGAACCGUUUCAUGGAGAAAUUAAUGACGAAAAUAUGUAGUUUCUACGACGAGCAGUCUCUAAUCGAUGUGACAUUUAAAGUGUCAAACCCAACGGCUCUUGUACCCGCGCAUCGUUUGAUACUCGCAGCAGCGAGUCCUUACUUCGAGAACCUUUUCAAAGGCAAUCAAGGCACUAAUCCAGUCAUCGAGAUACAUGAUAUUGAUAGCGAUAUUUUUGAGCAUCUAAUAACCUUUUGUUACACCGGAGAGGCCCUCAUUACCGUUAACAAUGUCGCUGCCAUGCUAAAUGCGGCAAUCGUUUUGCAAUUGGACGAUGCCAUAACCAGUAGUGUGGACUACCUCAUUACACAUAUCGAUGAAUACACCUUGCAGGCUGCUUAUGCGCUGGAACGUAAAACGAAAUGUGAAGUUCUUAGACAGAAAAUCAUCGAAUACGAGACACAGAACUUCAUGGAGACCAGCCGAAGCGAUGAGUUUUUGAAUUUUGAUGUAGAAAAAUUGCAACGUAUCCUGGUAUCUGACAAUUUGAAUAUAACCCGUGAGGAAGAUGCCUACGAUGCCAUACAACGCUGGUACAAUUACGAUGUUCCUGCGCGUCAAGAGCAACUGCCACUUUUAAUAGCUUGUCUCCGGCUUACCCAAUUCAAUGUGGACUUUCUGGUGACACAAAUACAGCCGUUGCCUGGAUGUGAGCUACUGGCGUUCAAGGCGUUAUCGUGGAUCAGAGAGCCUACAGCACGGCCAAUGAUAAAUAUGCGAUUUACAGAACCACGUGGGGUCAGUACUACAUAUUGUGAUGAGAAAACAAUCCUAGCGCUUUGCUCGAAGGUGAAUCCCAAACUGCUGCAAUAUAACAAAACUGAGGAUAAGUGGGAGGAAUACGCGAGUAUAAAAAUCGAUUACGGAGAGUAUAGAACUAUUUUAAAGGAUGGUAGUUUAUUAUUUAUUGGCGGUUAUAAAGGUGUUGCCACAUAUAACGUCGUCCGCAGCUGGAAUAUACGAAAUAAGACAUGGCAGAAUUUACCCGGCAUGAUCCAAGCAAGAAGGUCACACUGCGUUGUCGAAUUAGAUGAUAAAAUCUACGCGAUUGGUGGUUGUAAGGGUGGAGUUUUGUCGUCGGUGGAAAGAUAUACGAUUUCCGAUGGUUGGAUAUUUGUGACCAGCUUAAUUUAUGGACGAUAUGACGCAGGUGCAGUGACCUUGAAUGGUAAAAUUUUCAUAAUGGGCGGUAAUAAUGGCAAAGGGCAAACAAUCACCGUCGAAUGCUACAAUCCGGAUUCGAAUACUUGGACUUCUUGCGCGAAUAUGACAGAAUAUUACUUUUCUGGUGUAGCUGCACAUAAAGGUCACAUUUAUGUUUUAAGCCGUAGAAAUAAGAACAGAUCUGUUGAACGUUACGAUCCUCAGCUCAACACAUGGUCACAGAUUUGCUCUUUGGAAGUUGGUCCUGGUUUGAUGACUUGCGUAUCGCUAGACAAUAAACUAUGGGCUAUCGGUGGCAAGUCUAAAUCUGCUGACAAGUCAUGUGUAUCAGUUUUUGAUGAAGAAAAUUUCUGUUGGGUAGAAAGGUGUUCAUUACCCGAAAGUGAAAUGUAUAACUGUUUUGUUGUUCCUGAAUUCUUGCUGUCGUCGAUGUGAAUAAAUAAUAUAAUUAUUGUUCCCUUCUUCGAUUUAACAAAUUCCUUUAUAAUAAAUUAUAUUA